UGUGAGUUGUGACUGAUGUUUGCAACAAAACAAUCGAUCGAGCUUUCACGAGUUACGCAUUCCGACCGCUAGAUGGAACUCUAGUCUGUGAACUUUUGACGUGAACUUGACUAAAACUUUUUAACAACUUAACCAAAAUAAUUGAGCUUUUCAUAGUUUUUAAAGUGUAUUACUCAAAUAAAAAUAUAUUUAAUAUAGUUGAAUGUUAAUUAAACAGUUUAAUUGCAUUUUCAUUAAUCCCACGCGUCAAAGUGGCUCUGUGAAAUUUGUGUACAUACUUUCUACAUAAUUUAAGGAAUUCGAGUGAUUCAGAAAUGCAAGAUUUAUCAAGAUAAUAGAAGACAUGUUAGAAAAUGGCAGAGUUUUUACCUCUAUGCGACGUUUUGUUCAACGUGAUAUCCCUAGCCGGAUACUUUUGCGACGUCGUGUUCGACCUAGUGAUGGGCUAUGCACUACUAGAACGAGGAUAUAAAUGUACCUUUGCAGCAACUAUAUCGAUAGUUGUCACUUCUCUAUUAAUAUCACAGGUUCUAUCCCUCCGCUGGUACCUUCACGUAUGGUGGGCAAGUGAAGGCCGGAAAGACCGGCCACCCUGGCUACCAAUUGUCCUGCAUUGCUUACAAAUGGGUGUGCUGUGGCGAUACGCGCGACUUCUCGUGCCGGUAGAAUUACGGAGGGUCAAACAUCAAGUUCGCGAUCUUUGUAUGUUACGUCUAGUCCAUGCGUUUUGCGAGGCGGCGCCGAUGUUGCUAUUGCAACUCCACAUAUUGCUUAAAGAUGCAGACUUGCAGUCAACCAACGAGUUGGUUGGAAUCACUCCUGAGCCAACAGUCGAUGAGCCAUCAGCGAAUAAAGCAUUCGCGGAACUUAACGUGAUAUCUGCUUCGCUGUCGUUGUUCUCCGUGUGCUGGGCGCUGGCCAGCUUCAGCAAGAACGUGCGCUUGCAGAACGUACACCGUCUCGUACUCACCUGGCUUGGAGUUAUCUUUCAAUUUUUAUGGCGUUUGGGAACUGUAUCGGCUCGGAUAUGUGCUCUCAGCGUUUACGCUCUAGUCUAUGAAUAUUGGGUGUUUUUAGUUAUAGGUCUCCACUGGGUAUCAAUGUUCUUGUGGCUGAUAUCUCCAAAGAACGUGUUCCACGGCGAACGUAUAAGUCGUCCGCGUAAAGCGUACCUCUCAGCUCUAAUCGCCUUCGUGUACGUGUUCGCGUAUAUCAACCUGCAGGAACACAAUCAUAGACAGAAAAUGGUGGUGUUCUACUGCGUGAUGUGCGUGGAGAAUUGCGUGCUGGUGACGGCGUGGUGGUGGUCGUGGCGAGGUGCGCUGCGUCCCGCCGCCGCCGCAGCCGGAGCCGCCGCCGCCGCCGGGGCCGGCCUCGCCUUCAUGAUGCUCUAUUAUAGAUAUUUUCACGUCCGAAGACUUGGCUACAUGUUAGGGGAGCACCAACAGGGAACGAAUAGUACAAAUGCUUCAUCGCAAAACAAAAACGGUAAACCCAGCCAGGCAGACAAUGCUGCUAUACCGGGUGUAUUUAAUUGUAGGUUCUCUAACCCAGUGAAUAAUAGUGCAGCGGGAUGCCGCAAGAAGAAGAAACCGACUUCCUUCGUGCCGCCCCCCGCCGCGCCCCCUACCGCACCCCCCGCGGCGCCCCCCGCCGCCUUCUGGCGUCGACCGCUGCCUGCACAUCACCACCACGGUGGUUCAUCAGAAAAUGAAGGUUCGAGUGUGGGGUCCCGUGUGAACAUACAGCAAAAACUUCAAGAAAAGAAACAAAAGCAACUUGCCGAACUCAGGGUUAUCGAAGAGGAAAUAAAACAAGGGAAAUUAGCCAAAACUACCCCUGUGGCCGCUGAAGAAAUAUACAGUAGCUUACAAAGACAGCCGAUACCCAGGGCUAAAACGCACGCAGAACCACCCGCAUGGCCCAGUAUAGAAAUGACACAUUCCUACCAAAACUACCCCGUCUUACCCCACACGUGCAACCUUUACCCAACAUACACGGAAAUAAAACCAGAAUACAACGUCCCGAACUUUCAAAAUAACGAAAAUACUAAUGCUGAUAUAAAAAUUCGCGUCCAAAGCAUGUACAACCAAGAUUCCAGAACAUUCUACGAAAAUCCUUCGAAUCUUCGCAGCGAAGUAAACAGAGCUCCAUUGAGGUCUCCAAAUUAUUUAGCAAUCAGCGAAAAUAGGAAAUACGAUUCGAACGUUUGUCGGAGUCCCAGAAAUGUUCUGAACAGUAGCCCAAGAACCUAUCUACCGGAUGUGAGCACGAAUAAUUACGAAACUGCAGCUCAGAAUAAUACCAGACUACAAGCACAGAAUCCUUCAAACAUAUAUUCAGACGACAGACAAAACAUUGCUGAUUUUGCGGCAUAUUGCGAAGAUAACGGCCAAAGUGUGUACAGAAAAUUUGGUGAAAAUAAAGAGGAAUAUGUAUCAGCCUUACAGAGUUUGGCAAACGUUCAGGGUAUGGAGAACAUAAGGGGUAUUUACAAUGAGGUGGGUAGUUGUAACCAGUACAAUCAAAACUGUGAUAGGAUGUUCCCUUAUCCGGGGCUGGGGGGCAAGAAGAUGGAACAGCUAAGGAAGAUGCAGCGGUGCAGGACGCCGGAGAUAUUACUGGCGCCGCAUUACUUAGAGGGCUGUACUAGACAAGUGUGCUGUAAUUGGGGUGGACCAUAUUCCAACCGCAAGAAGGAGGAGAGCGCGCUGGGCGCGGGCGGCGCGGGGGGCGCGGGCAGCGCGGGCGGCGCGGCGGGCGGCGGCGCGCCCAGCAGCGGCUCGGAGUCGGGCGAGCGCGCGCGCGACACGCCGCGCCCGCCCAGCGACAUCGACAGCCAGAUAUCUUUGCCGCGUUCGUACACGCUCCCGCGCGAAUUCCGUUACUGGAGGCGGAGACCGCGACUGCGGGACGCGCACGUUCCUAGCAAUAAUAGCAGUGACGGUGACGUUGACAGCGCUGAUAAUGACAGCGACAAUCGUUCCAACUGUUCAGCGUCCUCGCAAAUACAGCCCCCGACGUACGGCGAUGGGUUCCAGUACCGACCGGACAUGAGACAGGACGAACGGUAUAAUGAAAACGUAUACGCCUGCCCCGACAGAAGAAGACGAGGCUUCAGGAAGCAGGGCCCUAAGCCUGAGACUAAACUAUGAUAGAGAAAAAAAUAUAUUGGCGCCAAUUAUUAUGAUUUUUUAUCUGUAUCAUAUAGAAAAUAUUUAACCACCGUGAAAAUGCAUUUAUGAUUCAAGUUGUUUAAAUUAAACUC